AUGACUCAAAACUCUGAAAAAAUAAUUCGAUAUCUGCGAUCUGAUGCAACUCCUUUAUCAGAUGAUAAUAUACAAGAUAUCAUUAAUGCCAGAAAUUCGAUGAAACGUGCAUCAGAAGCUACGGCUAUCAAAUAUAAAAUAUCAACAAGGCGUGUAUAUCAAAUAUGGAGGGAAAACCAUCCUCCAAUAGAUCCUAGGGAAGUGAUAUCGCAAUCAAAUAUUGGUGGAGACAAUACUCGAUCUAUCAAUCACAUUACACAUUCUGUAGAAACUCCUAUCGUUACUUCCGAUAUACAGAUAAAGAGGAAAAAACUGAGAUCUAAGACUAAUCGAAUUUCUGACCCAUCUAAUAUUAUCGCCGGGGGAAGUCACACAGUGGAUAGUAAAGUUAAUACUGCUGAAAUUAUAACAAAAAAAGAUGACCUAUAUACUUUAAUCGAACGUAAUCGCAAAGAAAUGGAAGAAGCUGAGCGUGAAACGGAAAGGAUUUUGAAUUCCAACUAA